AUGUCCAACACCAUCUUCAACCUUUCGAAUGUACAAAAUGCAUUGGUCGAUUCACCUUUGGAAGGAAGAAAAAUUCUUCCUUUGGAUACUAUAGUAGCAAUAAAGGCUAGUGAAUGGCAGCAAUGCCUAGAGCGAAUUCAAUCACUUUGUUCAACAAAAUGGAUCAAAAAGAGAAAACUUUGCGGAAAAGACUAUAUUUUUGGAGAGACAAGAAAGUGCCAUCGCGCAGGCAGAUAUACACCAAAACGUCAGAUUCGCUUGGCACAAAAAGAUUCAAAGCUUUGUAAGUGUGAGGCUAUCCUUCAAAUUAAGCAGCACAUCAACAAUCCAGAAGUUGUGAUGCUCUGUAUGACAAAAGAUCACACCAAUCAUAUUCCCGGAGAUAAUUCAGACAUCAGAACAUUACCUUUAACUUCUGAGGUCAUUAGAAUCAUCAAAGGCCAGUUAAAAGAAGGAAAAAGCUGUAGAAAUGUUAGAAUUUCUGUUUUGGAACAGAUUGAAGAGUGGGGUGUUGAUAUAAGAAAGCCGAGUUAUGAAGACAUCUAUAACAUAAUGAGAAAGAUGAAAGAUGUUCUGUACAGGUUUCACUCUGAUGAAAAUAACACCACCACAGAAAUUAGAAACCAAAUAUGGAGACGUGUCUAUAUAUUUUUGUUUUUGAGAUAUUCAAACUUUUAUGAGAUGCAUCUCGGUAAACUCAAAGGUAGCUCUUUGGUGCUUUUGUCUUCAAGAAUAAUGAGUGAUAUGAACUCAAUGACCCAACCUUUAGCUUAG